CGAUGUGGCUUCCUAUUUGCCAAUCGCCGCCUCAGCUGCUCCCUCGGUCUGCGGCGCUGGGCCGUGGGAGCUGAGCUGAGCUGAGCUGAGCUGAGCUGAGCUGGCCGCGCGCGCGCCCAUAGGCGCCUCUUCCCAGGUGAUCUGUGCAUGUUGGUUGAUCUUUAUGAAACACAGAAAAAGAACGUUUCCCGCUACCAUUAUCUGCUGCUGCUUAAUGUUCUGUUUGACAUUGAGAAGAUGAUGAACACUUGGAAUCAAAUGUCGUUUUAUUGAGAUUUCAUCCAUCAAACAAAUCCAGGGCUUUUGCGAUAAUUCUGGCAUUCCUGCAUCCUCAUAUCUCCUGCAACCUCCAAAGGGCUCAUUUGUAGUUUUGGAGAUUAAAUCUGAAGCCUCGUUCAUGGAAAGGAGAGUGAAGCAAUUACCUUGAACCAUUUGAUUUAUGCACUAGUAUUAGAGGAACUCAUUUACUUCCCUCUGGAUCGAAUCCAAAAAUCAAAAGCAACGUUUUGAUGCUCUGAAAGUGAACAUGGUAGGAUCUUGAAUGUAUGGUGCUGCAUGACCAAGAAGGAAGGAGUGAAGGAUGGCUUCCAGAGAGAGGCUGUAUGAACUUUGGAUGCUGUACUGCAAUAAGAAAGACCCAGACUAUUUGAAGCUAUGGCUAGACAGUUUUGUUUCUAGCUAUGAACAGUUUCUGGAUGUGGAUUUUGAGAAACUACCUACUCGGGUGGAUGAUGUUCCCCCUGGAAUAUCGCUGCUUCCUGAUAACAUUCUUCAGGUCUUGAGGUUGCAGCUGCUGAACUGUGUCCAGAAAUUAUCGGAAGGACUGGAAGAACCGCAACAGGCCUUGUCACUCCUCCUCGUCAAAUUCUUCAUAAUCCUUUGCCGAAACUUGGCUAAUGUGGAAGAGAUUGGGACUUGUUCCUAUAUUAAUCAUGUCAUUACGAUGACUACCCUCUAUAUUCAGCAGUUAAAAAGUAAAACCAAGGAGAAAGAAGUGGCGGAUCAAACGCCCAUAGAAGAGUUUGUGAGGCACGCACUGGCUUUUUGUGAAAGUCUGUAUGAUCCGUAUCGAAAUUGGCGGCAAAAAAUUGCAGGGCGAAUUAUGACAACUGUUGAAAAAAGCAGACAAAAAUACAAACCAGCUUUGCUCACCGUGGAGUUUGUCCCUUUCUUUUACCAGUGUUUUCAAGAAAGUGAACAUCUCAAGGAAAGCCUAAAAUGUUGUCUGCUACAUUUGUUUGGAGCUAUCGUGGCUGGUGGGCAGAGAAAUGCUCUUCAAGCCAUAUCUCCUGCCACCAUGGAAGUCUUGAUGCGCGUAUUAGCAGACUGCGACAUGUGGGAUAACAGAGACCCAGACGAAGUGAGCCGGAAGGCAGAACUGACAUUGAUGUGCCUGACAGAAGUGGUUCACAUCCUUCUGACCAGCAGCUCAGACCAGCGGCAAGUGGAAACCAGUACCAUACUGGAGAACUACUUCAAAUUGCUCAACUCUGACCAUGCAGCUUUGCCUAACUCCCGAAGGUCUCGACAGUGGGAAAGCAGGUUCAUUGCACUACAGAUUCAAAUGCUGAAUACCAUCACCGCCAUGUUAGACUGCACAGAUAGGCCUGUACUGCAAGCUAUCUUCCUUAACAGCAACUGUUUUGAGCAUCUUAUUCGACUGAUGCAGAAUUGCAAGCUGUUUUUAAAUGCUAACAAUAAGGUGGCAGACAAGAAUGAGAAAGACCUUGCCAACAAAUUACUGACAGAAAUGAAUCAGGAACAGGUGUUUCAGGGACAGCUGGACCACUUAGCAGUAUCGGCCAUUCGAGCCCUCACAGCAGUGAUGCACAAAUCGCCGGCUGCUAAGGAAGUGUUUAAGGAACGGAUUGGUUAUGCUCAUAUAUUUGAAGUCCUUAAAUCUAUGGGUCAGCCUUCACGGGAACUACUUGAAGAACUUAUGAACAUGGCAAUUGAGGGUGACCACACAUCUGUUGGUAUGUUGGGCAUAAGCAACGUCCAGCCCUUGUUGCUGUUGAUCCAGUGGCUUCCGGAGCUCGAGUCACAUGAUGUUCAGGUCUUCAUCUCAAACUUGUUGAAGCGGAUUUGUUGCAUUAACCGGCAGAGUCGCGCCAUCUGUGUCAAUACAAACAUGGUCUCUCGUAUCAUUCAGACGCUGAGUAGACACUCCCUGCUGCAUGGGGUCUGUGCGGAGAAUCUGAUCGGCCUCUUGGGCUCUUUGGGGAGUCAGUCCAUGAGUUCUGAAGACUUGCACCAGCUUAUUAGGCUACUCAGGACUCAGGACCCAAAGCAGGCACACCCGUAUGUUGUCCCUGUGAUGAGGGCGAUCCUUGCAAUGGCUCGAAAACAGGGCCUGGACAGUGCUUUGCAGUAUUUUGACUUAUCGCACAGCAUGGCGGGCAUUUCAUUGCCAGCCAUUCACAAGUGGCCGGGUUCUGCAUUUGCUUUCAGUGCUUGGCUGUGCCUGGACCAAGACCAAGUGACUCUCAAUGCCAGUUGCAAGGGCGGCAAGAGAAAACAACUGUACAGUUUUUUCACUGGAAGCGGAAUGGGCUUUGAGGCAUUCAUUACAUGUUCUGGAGUUCUUGUGGUGGCUGUGUGCACAAAGAAGGAAUAUGCGACUGUGAUGCUGUCUGACCAUUGCUUCUGUGACUCUCUCUGGCACAACAUAACCAUUGUUCAUAUGCCUGGGAAAAGACCCUUUGGUCAAAGCCUUGUCUACAUUUAUGUAAACGGGCAACAGAAGCUCUCAGCACCACUCAGAUUUCCUGCUAUGAAUGAAGCUUUCACAUCUUGCUGCAUCGGUUCUGCCGGCCAAAGGACAACCACUCCCCCACCAUCACAGAUCCCGGACCCGCCUUUUUCGUCCCCUAUUAUGCCCCAUCGGACCUCGUUGGGCGGGAUCCUCAGUCCAAGCAACUGGGGCGGCCUGAUGGCGAAGCCAGAGUUAGUCACCAAGCUGAUCUCAGCAGGGACUCAAGACAGUGAGUGGGGAUGCCCUACCUCUCUGGAAGGCCAGCUGGGAUCAGUCAUCAUAUUCCAUGAAAUAUUGCAGCCUUCACAUGUGAAAGUAUUGUAUUUGGCAGGUCCAAAUUGCUUAACUCCAUGGAAGUCUCAAGAAUCUGAAGUGUCUGACUUGCCUAGUAAAAUACUUCUUCACUAUACUCCCAAGGCCUGCAGAAGUCCAAUAUGUCUUGACCUUUCACCAAAUCUUCUGCAUGGAAGGUUAACAGGGAACAAAGUUGUGAACUGGGACAUUAAGGAUAUGAUCAAUUGUAUAGGCGGCCUAAAUGUGCUGUUCCCGCUGCUAGAGCAGAUCAGCUUCCUGGAUGGACAUUUAAUUGAGAGGCCAGAGGUUGAAUUUGUGCCUCCUGAGCUACUGACGCCUGUAGAAGGAGACUGGGUGAUGUUAACCUCCACCAGAGCUUCAGAGGCCCGCUUGGAGAAGAACAUUAUUGCAACUUUCAUCUUGAUGAUAAAGCACUUUAUUCAGAGGCACCCAAUCAACCAGGAUAAUCUCGUUCAUACGCACGGAGUUGCAACUUUAGGAGCCCUUUUGAAGAAGGUAUCUACCAGUUUUGUGGAUGUUAACAUAUUGAUGGCUGUCCAGUUACUGAUAGAACAGGUCUCUGCAGCCAAGAACACACAUCUUUUGCAACAGAUGUAUCAGCACUUACUUUUUGACUUCAGCAUCUGGAACCGUGGAGACUUCCCAUUCCGAAUUGGCCACAUCCAGUACAUCUCUACAAUUAUCAGGGACAGCAGGAGGCUUUUCCGAAAAAAAUAUGGCGUACAGUUUUUACUGGAUACUCUGAGGAUUUAUUAUGGGAAUAGUUACAAAGAUAGUGACUUGGCUCCAGAUGAUCUUAGAACCAUAAGAACAUCUCUUUAUGGAUUAAUCAAAUAUUUCUUGAGUAAAGGAGGGGCACAUGAAGAGGUCCAGAGCAUUAUGGGAUAUAUAGCAGCUAUCAAUGAUGAAGAACAGCUAAUUGGGAUCCUGGAGGUGCUCUUCGGCCUGCUUCACACCAGUCCAACCCGUGACCAGCUUUUCUUGUUGCUUUUUGAGCCAGGAAAUGCAGACAUCCUCUAUGCUCUGUUGCUGAAUCAGAGGUACUCUGAUAGACUAAAGGAGCUUGUCUUCAAGAUUGUGGACCAGAUGCUGAAGUGCACAAAAGUCUAUGAACGAAGCAAACAACGUAUGAAACUCAGAGAAGUUGGUUAUUCUGGGCUGGGACUGCUCCUGAAUGACUCUCCGGUUACUGUAUCUUUCAUCAAGAACCUUCUCAAUCAAAUUCUGAGUGCUGAUCCAGUUGUGAAUUACAGGGACUUUGUUGCAGUCAUAUAUUUGGCUCACAGAGCGGAUAUAAACAUCAGAGUGGCCAUCUGUCGAAAGCUUUUGCAAAUUCUACAUUCCCAGCAGGAUGCAGCGCAACAGAUUUCUCAACAGCUUGGCUGGCAGGAGACAUUGACGAGACUCUUCCUGAAAGAGAAUGCUGACGUCAGAAAUGGAGAUUUUGCUAAAGAGGAUGGAAGGCGAACUUCUGUCAAAGACCACUCAAAACGCUGCCAUUCCAAGGCAGAUGGAGAAGAUGGGACCAGUUUUGCAUCUGUGAAUGGUUCAUGUGAUCAGUGGAGCUUAGAAGAUGGCAAAUCUGUGUCAGUGCUCGAAGACAACGCCCUGGCAGAGAUGUCGUUUAGACCAGAGGACCAAGAGGAGUUAUGGCAAAAGAAUCCUUCACACCUAAGUUUGGACUUGUCAAGUGUUGACUCCUAUGAAAUGGGUGAUAAUGGGAGCCAGAUGGCAGAUAGUUUGCCUAGCACCCCUUCACCCAGUGAUCACACUAAGACGUUUUCUGGGCAGCUUGACAAAGAACCAGGUGCUGCAGAGGAGGUGGCAUUCACUGCCGAUCUUUCAUUAUUUGAAAUUCAUGAGGCAUGUGAAGAUGACCUUGUACAGUUGCUCACAGAUGCUCUGCUCUGUGUGAUUUGGAAAGGCAUAGAAAGGUCUGACGAUGCUGCUUGGAUUGAGAGAGGACAAGUUUUCUCAGCUCUCACCAAACUGGGGAUAUCUAAUGAGCUGUUGCAACCAUCUGAUGAAAUAAAACUCAGUUUGUUGGAGAAGAUGCUCGAAUGGGCAGUUACGGACAGCAGAGAUGUCAAGUCCCUUCCAGUGUAUGCGGAAAAUGCCUUCCGGCUUCUCCUUGUUGUGCAAGAUUUCCUGCAGGCAGAAGGUCUUGUGAAUUCAAGUCUCUGGACAGAAAAGCUUUUGGAAGAACUGGUGACUCUCAUGGAUACUUUGUCAGUAUGGUACCCAUCUGGUCCAGAAUAUGUGAAGCUCUCUCAAGUACAGAUCCAACUGCUUCUUGGAUUCAUCGGACAGGAUAAUUUACAGGUUUGUGCUAUGGCUGCAGCCAAGCUCAACACCCUUCUUCAGACCAAAGCCUUUGACAACCAAGCAGAGUCCUGCUACCUCCUGGGCAAGUUGGAAGGUAUCCUGAGCAGAUCUAUCAGAGAAAAGACAGAAACAUAUUCCUUCUUGAUCCCUCUUGUUCGGACACUGGUUUCUAAAAUAUACGACCUUCUGUUUAUGAACUUGCACUUACCGUCCCUGCCUUCUACUAAUGGAAGCCCUUCCUUUUUUGAGGACUUCCAGGACUAUUGCAGCACUGAUGAAUGGCAGGUUUACAUUGCUAAAUAUAUUAUUCCAAAUAUGAAGCAGUAUGAACUCAGCACUUUCAGCGAUGGCCAUGAAAAUAUGGCUGUAUAUUGGAAAGAUUGCUACGAGGCACUGAUGGUGAACAUCCAUAAACGGGAGCGGGAGCGUGGAGAAAGCAAGCUCAAAUUCCAGGAGUUUUUUGUGGAGCCGUUUAACAGAAGGGCACGGCAGGAAAAUAUGCGUUACAAUAGCAUGCUGAAACAGCUGAAUAACCAGCACACAGCAACCCUGAGGCAGUGGAGGGCCACCAAACUCUACCUCACUUGUGAACAGGGUCCCUGGGCUGAAAGGAAACCAAAUAUUACUCACUGGAAACUUUCGAAUGUGGAAAACUUUUCACAAAUGAGGCUAAAAUUAGUACAGAAUUACAAUUUCAACCCUCACCUGGAUGCCAGUGCCCUUAGGGACAAUCUCGGGGUGCAGCAAAUGCCGCCAUCGAGUGAGGCUUUGCUCCUGGAAGCUGUGAAGCAAGUGAAAGUCAGUGGUAUGGAAGAUGAUAUCCUUGAACUGCCAGAUGAAGAUCCAGCAUCCAUUGCAAACAUAGAUGAGAAGGAAGAACAAAGUCAGAAAGAGAAACUAGUGCUUUCUGAAGACUGUGAACUUAUUACAAUAAUUAAUAUAAUACCUGGCAAACUGGAGGUCACUACGCAACAUAUUUAUUUUUAUGAUGGAAGCCUUGAGAAAGAGGAAGGUAUUGGCUUUGAUUUUAAGUGGCCUCUUUCUCAAAUUCGAGAGAUUCACUUACGUCGCUAUAACUUGAGGAGAUCAGCCUUGGAGAUCUUCUUUAUUGACCAGACAAACUACUUCCUUAAUUUUAAAAAGGAGGCAAGGAAUAAAGUGUAUAGCCGAAUUCUGUCUCUCUGCUCGCCUAAUAUUAGUGGGACCAGAUCUCCCCAAGAAUUAUUUAAAGCAUCAGGACUGACCCAGAAAUGGGUGAACAGAGAGAUUUCCAACUUUGACUACCUCAUUCAAUUAAAUACUAUGGCGGGGCGAACCUACAAUGACCUUGCACAAUAUCCUGUAUUUCCAUGGAUUCUAAAGGAUUACACUUCAGAAGAAUUAGAUUUGAAUAAUCCUGCUAUAUUUCGAGAUUUGUCCAAACCUAUUGGUGUGGCAAAUGAAAAGAAUGUCAAAGCUGUACAGGAAAGGUAUGAGAACUUUGAGGAUCCCCUUGGAAUCGUUGACAAGUUCCACUACGGCACUCACUACUCCAAUGCGGCCGGAGUGAUGCAUUACCUCAUUCGAGUAGAGCCUUUUACCACAUUACACAUCCAGCUUCAGAGUGGCAGAUUUGACUGUGCAGAUCGACAGUUCCACUCCAUUUCUGCUACCUGGCAAGCACUCAUGGAGAAUCCGAAUGAUGUGAAGGAGCUGAUCCCAGAGUUCUUCUACUUCCCAGAAUUUUUGGAAAACCAAAACAAUUUCAAUCUGGGUCAACUACAGAUCUCAAAAGAGCCUGUGAAUGAUGUUGUUCUCCCAAAAUGGGCACAUUCCCCAGAGGACUUCAUUUAUAAACACAGGAAAGCUUUGGAGUCAGAAUACAUUUCUGCUCAUCUGCAUGAAUGGAUAGAUCUGAUUUUUGGAUAUAAACAGAGGGGGCCAGCUGCAGUAGAAGCAUUUAAUGUUUUCUAUUACUGUACUUAUGAAGGAGCUGUAGAUCUGGAUGCCUUGACGGAUGAGAAAGAAAGGAAAGCUUUGGAAGGGAUGAUUAACAAUUUUGGACAAACACCUUGUCAGUUGCUAAAGGAACCUCAUCCGGUGAGACUUUCUGCAGAGGAAGUCCUACAGAAGCAAACCAAAAGUGAAAGCUCUACCCUCAAUCUGUUCCAGCAUCUCCCUGAGUUGAAGUCCUUCUUCAUUGAGGGAAUCAGUGAUGGGAUACCUAUUGUUAAGGCCAUCGUUCCCAAGAAUCAGUACCGUUCUUUCAUGUCGCAGGGGAGCCCAGAGACCCUGGUAACGGUGAGUCUCAACUGUGUUAUUGGAACCCAUGGAUGGCUACCUUAUGAUCGAAAUAUUUCCAACUAUUUCACUUUCCUCAGAGAUCAAACUGUGACAAAUCCCAAGACACAGCGAAGUGUGAGCGGUCCUUUUGCCCCAGGGCUUGAGAUCACACCCAAGCUGUUUGUGGUGUCCCACGAUGCAAAGUUGCUUUUCAGUGGAGGGCAUUGGGAUAACAGCAUCCGAGUGACCUCACUCACCAAGGGGAAGUUGAUAGCACAACAUAUUAGGCAUAUGGAUAUUGUGACGUGCCUAGCUAUGGACAUCUGUGGCAUCCAUUUAAUUUCGGGCUCAAGGGACACCACUUGUAUGAUAUGGCAGAUAGUUCAGCAGGGAGGCGCGCCUAUAGGUUUGUCCCCUAAACCUCUGCAAAUUCUGUACGGACAUACCAGUGAAGUCUCUUGUGUCGGUAUCAGUAUAGAGCUUGACAUGGCAGCCUCAGGGGCCAAGGAUGGAACUGUGAUUGUUCACACCAUUCGGAAAGGUCAGUACAUGAGGACUUUGAGGCCACCUUGUGAGAGUUCGCUCUUGCUCACUGUUCCGAAUCUGGCUGUAUCCUCAGAGGGACACACAGUCGUCCACACAAGUCUAGAAGGAAAGACAUCCCUCAAGGAUAAAAAUGCACUCCACCUCUAUUCUGUGAAUGGAAAGUAUUUGGGCUCUGAGAGCCUGAAGGAAGAAGUGUCAGAUCUCUGUGUGACUGGAGAAUAUAUUGUAAUGGGGAGUGUGCAAGGAUUCCUAUCCAUAAGAGACCUCUACAGCCUGAGCCUUAGCAUCUCCCCUCUAGCCAUGCGACUGCCCAUUCGCUGCCUCUCUGUUACCAAAGAGUUCAGUCAUAUUCUGGUGGGCCUUGAGGACGGCAAGCUGAUUAUUGUUGGUGUUGGGAAGCCAGCAGAGGUAAAACCUACCCUCAAGAACUUUAUCUACCGAACAGUGGGAAACUCGCUUAUUUCUGCUUUCCAGCUGAGCAAGCGAUCACCUCUUUGGCAGGGCAAGCCUGAGCUCCCUAAAGGGAAGAAAUAAUUUCCUCUCAUUUCUUUGUAACAGAGCCCUUCUGCUAGAAACAAAUAGAAUUGAUGGGAAACAUGUAGUAAAAUCCAUGUGUGCCAAUACACAUAUACAGAUUGUACUGGCUUGGGCUGAGUACGCCAACAAUACUUUAUGGUCCUUGCUUGUUAUAAUUAACCAGGUGAAUUGCUGCAUGCCCUAGAGCAAUGUCAUUCUAAGGGCUUCAUCAGAUGGAGCUGGGGAAAACAAGGGAAAGCGGGGGAAAUCAUCUUCUUGCAGGUGGAAUUGUCUUCUUUGCGUGGGAUUCUGUCGUUAAAUAAGACAGAGAAUUUACUUGCCCUCAUCACACAGGAUCGCCUCCCACCUCAGCCAUCCACUUAGGUGAGACCCAAGGCACUGUUCUUAAGACAGACACCACUUUUGGGCUCCUUAUUCCCAUUAUUCUAGGGGAAACCCAGGGCACUGUUCUUAAGAAAGCCCAUUCCUACACAUCACUGAAACAAUUCAACACAGGUGAAUCUAACAGAUCUCAUCCCAAGUGUUUAUAAGCACUUUCUCCCAUUUCUAGGGAGAGCUCAGGAGAUGAUUUCUCACCAGCUUCAUAGAAUCAUAGAGUUGGAAGAGACGUCACGGGCCAGCCAGUCCAACCCCCUGCCAAGAAGCAGGAAAAUCCCCCCCCCCCCCCGGUUUCUCCACACUUCUGACACAGUUCACUGAUGAAACACUAUGGGUGACAUCUGGAAGCAAAAUUAUGAGCUCCACUGUACUUUGUCCACGAACUGUUUUAGAAGUAUGUGGGAAUGGGGAAGUGGUGACUUGCAUGUGAUGAAAUCUUAAAGCAUCAGUGCUACUGCUCCUGACAUUGUCUUAUAGCAGAGUCUUCUGUAGACUGUCAUUCCUGUUUCAGAGCGGUGACUUUUUGAGUCAUCAUUGCUCAGCAGGUGAGCACAUCAGUACAAUCCUCAUGCCCUUUCCUUUGCACACCCUCCCACCAGCAUUUGUCUUGUCCUUUUUGGACAGCAAUUAUGGUUUUGAACUAAGGAAGGCCAAAAAGGUAGUUGGGAGAAUUGAGAAUAGUUUCAGAAGAGCCCAGACUUCCUGAGGCCAGGGACCUCCUAUGGGCUUCACUUGUAUGUGAUGGGAGUCCUAAAGCAUCAACACUAGUUGCAUUUCCUGACAUUAGACGUUGGAAACAACACUGGUUUAGACUGGAGAUAUUUUAAGAAUAUUUUUUAGGUUUUCACUUAAUUGCUUUCCGGUUUAUAGUUAAGCAUUGACUGGAUGGCACAUUUUGCCAUGGGGUUGAAUGGUGAAUAGAAAAAUGUUGGAUGUAAGUAUCCGCUGCACAGCGUUCACUAGGCCUGCAUUUUAGCCCUGCUGCACAAAAGGGGUCUCACCAAAGGUAUUUCUUAGAGAAACUGCGCCAAAGUCCUCCAGUGCCGUUGAGGAAAGAGGCAAACAUAAGCGUUCUGAACUGAUGGAAUUAACCAACGUCUUCUGUGAGAAAACUUCUUCUGAUUUCACAGUGAUGCCUCACAGGGUGUAUUCUUAAGUCAAGCAAACCUCGGCACUAACAUCUGCAGAAGAUGCCAGGAAAUAACUGAGAAUUUUCUUAUACUUUUUCCUGAGGGGCAAGUAAACGCUUUUGCAGUUUGUUUCUCAAAUGUCAUGCAAGCACUUGCACAUUUCUGGAAGAUAUUUGCACUGAUUGCCUCUGAUCCAAAAUGGGGCCUGAGCCAUAGGUCUGAGAAAGGCAAAAGCAUAUUUGCCAAAAAGAUUGGUGUGCUUCGAAAAUCAUAGAAAGGCAUGUGCCUCUAACUGCACCAGCCUAAUCAGGCCAUUAUGGAUGUGGGCAAAGGCUUUCAUUUCUUAUUUAUUUUAAAAUUUUAUUUUAUUUCACAAUAGAUUAUAUGAUACGCUAAUUAUUUCACUCAAGAACAAUUUCAAUACUAUGUUGAAUUGGGACCAUGACAAUUUUAUCUUUCCAUUUUCUCAUUGCUAUUGUGUGGGAUCAUACUUUGUUUUGCUGUCCAACCCUCACCACCCCAAAACAUUGUCAAGUGCUUAGUUUUAGCUCUAAGCACUAUCCUAUGCAAGUCUAGAAAUGUCCCAUUGUGUUCAGCACAUUGUACAUUCACUUACGAAUACAGGAUUAUGUGGAUAUUUCUACUUAAUGUGGUGCCCUUUUUCCUAUUUGUUUUAUGAAACUGGACCCCCCCCCAAAAGCACCAAAAAUAGUCUGAAUUUGUCUUUCUUCAAGAAUCAGAACAUUUUAGCGAGAUGCCAAGUGCUGUCUCUAUAAAAACACUUGACAAUGUGACCCAUACCAGUUCCAAUAUACAACAGAGACAUCUACGUUUGUUUUGCUUGUCUGUCUGCUUUAGAAUUUUCCAAGCACUAUUGCUGGAAUAAAUGGCCUUUUGUGUUUGCUCUGUAUCCUGUGCUGCCUACACUUUUCCAGAUUUGUCUGAAGUUUUUAUUUAAUUUAUCCCUUUUAUCCGCUUCUCCCCCCCCCCCCCCUUCCUUUGUUUCUCUGAAUUACUCUGAACAGAUGCGGGCAGGCCAACUCUCCCGAAAGUUAUGGGGUUCAAGCAAACGGAUCAGCCAGAUUUCAUCAGGAGAAACUGAAUAUAACACUCAAGAUUCCAUGUGAUUUCUGCUCCUGCCUUCUCUUGAGAGAUACCACAAAUUUAUUUAAAUCUUUCUGAUCAUAUUUCAAUCAUAUAUCUGAACUUUCUCCGUUAUGUUGUGGCAACAGCACAAUUUCCACAGGCAGAUAUGCAAAUUGGCAUCUGUUGUUUCUUCUACUUAUAACAGAAACGGAAGCAAUAAGCUAAUUCAGCACUAAAUAUAUUGAGUGUGUAUGUGUGCAUGUAGAGGUGUAAAAGAUCAAUAGGUGUUGGCAUUCACAUAUGAAAGUAACAAUCCUGGGUAAAUAUGGCCAUAUGAAAAUCAAGAUGUCUAAACUCCCUGGGCACAUAUCAUGGAAUGUGGCAAAUAUUUUUAGGUUAGCAUUCCUUGUUGUAAAAGCGCUUACCUGGGUGUGCUGAUCUAAAUCACCACAAUGCUGCUAUUCAUUGUCACCUAUAGACUAUGAAGGCCAUGAUCCAGUGAUCUAAUUUACUGGAUCAUGAUGCUGAGAUAACCUGCUGCUAAGCUUCAUGAUCAAAAGUCUUUAGGACAGGAAUGUUGUUGCUGUGCCAGAAAUAGAACAAAACAAAACAAACAAGAAGAAAAGUUCCUGUUUGACCCCCAGAUAUGAGCCAGGUGAUCUUCUGCAUUUUAGCCAUUCCUCUAAAUUUUUUCACAUAUAUAGAUUUUAAAACCUCCCACAUUUCACCUUGAGUCCAUCUUAGUUUGGCAAAUCUGAACUGGAAAAAAAUGCAACUGAGGAAUGGGGGAAAUUUGUUCCGUCAGGGUGUGUGUCUAUUGAUAUAUUAUUUAGAUGAGUCUUUUUGUUGUUUGCUACAAUCUGCUUUAAAUAUUGUAUUGUCCCUCUCCAGACAGAAUAGUUCUUCGGGAAGUGUCUCUGUUGCAUUGUUUUACUGUCACAUCUUGGCUUGCUCAUGCAUGAAUAUGUAUGAAUAUGUAUGGCAACAUAGCAGAGGUAGAGAGCAGGACAGUGCUCUUCAUAUCGUGCUAAUAUGAUGUACUUCCCUCUUGAACACAAAACAUGAUUCACUUCCAAAAUUAAGAAAAUCUUUUUUGAGUAUUAAUUCAGAAUUAGAGGGAAAAGGGAUUGAGUAUUCCAAGGUAAUUGAAGUACAUAUUUAUCUCUGAAAACUGUAGAUGUGGAAGGAUUGUUGAAUGUAUCUAAAUAUCUGAUCCAUCAAAUGUCAACCUGUAACUAGAGAUUUCCACAAAGAAUUCCUCCUGAGUCUGAUCCUGUAAAGAGUAUGUGAGAUAAGGGUAUGAGAAAAGAUGCAAGUGAAUGCUCAUGUAGUUGUUUUGUAUGGUUGAUGUGCUUUUGAACAGCAGUAUUCACUUUUUGGAGCGUGUGCGCUUAAUGUAGACAUGACUAAGUCAUAUAAUGCCCUCUCAAAAGAGUGACAGAUAGUUAGCUUGUCAUGAGGAAGAAAGUCUCAUGCAAAGUGGCAUGGGGUGCUGACAUUUAUUUAAUUUGAUUUAAGUGUUCUUGAGAUAGAGGAAAAAAUAAACGAGAGGAUGCUAAGCACUACAUGUAGUUAUAGUUAUUCAUUUUAGACUGUACAUUUCACAACUGCACAAAGGGAACUGUAUUGCCCAGUAACAGUAGCAUAUGCACUGGACAAUUUUAUCUUUUUUCCCCUUAGAAUUAGUUGUUUGGGAUUUCUUUUGUGUGUUUUACUUGUGAGAAAAGUAAUCUCGACAGGGUGGAUCAUCAGUAAUUUGUUAUGGUAUCACCAUGUCUGCUUAGACCAGUGGUUCUCAGCCUGUGGGUCCCCAGAUGUUUGGCCUUCAACUCCCAGAAAUCCUAACAGCUGGUAAACUGGCUGGGAUUUUUGGGAGUUGUAGGCCAAAACACCUGGGGGCCCUACAGCUUGAGAACACAAGCUUAGACAGUUUUUUUAAAAUGGCUUUACCACUUUUUCCAAAUUUGCUUCAAAGUUGAAAAGUACCUUGAAUGGUAGGAGAAACUCAUAAAAGCAUGGAGAUAUGCCUUCAUGUUUAAGCAGAAGUGUCUGAAAACUUUCCAGAUGUGUUGGACCGUAAUGUUUUUAAGCUAUUCUGGCAGGUUUAGUAGGAGCACAUCUGGAGGGCAACAAGAUGAUGAAGGCAAAUCGUCUUUUAUGAGAAUAAAAUCAGUGUUCUUGUAUUAUGCUGUGCACACUCAAACUAGUUACAGUGAGGAUUCUGCUUGACCAAAGGUGCAGUCCUAAAUUCACCUCCAGUGGGUAUAAUCUCCAUUGAAAUCAAUGGGACUUACUUUAGAACAAACUUGAGGAUUGUGCUAUAAGAAGGUUAUCUCUUAAAAAAAAGAAACCUGAUUUGGAUGUAAAAUAAUUAUGAUUUUUUUUCAUAUAGGGGGAAAUGAAAUACAGUGACAUAUGCAACUGUUAUGCUAAUCUGUAAUACUUAUACAAGUUUUGCUCACUAGGGAUGUCAGAUAUGAUUUUAAGGGAUUAAUAGAUUAAUAGAAGGGAUUAAUAGAAUGUUAAGGGACCACAGAAUUUUGAAAAUAACAACAACAUGGAAACAAGUUUAAAAUGAAAACAGUAUGUAUAGGAGCAAUAUCAAAGAUAACCUGAAAGUGGUAGGACUGUUUAUGAAAGUGGUUUAUUAGAAUUUCAAAACUUAAAGGAGUAUUGAUAGAAGUUUGGAUUGGAUGUUUUUAAGGUGAUGUCAUUAAAGGAGCAAUUUGAGGGCAGUAUGCUCAUGGUUUUCUGUAAGUGUGUGGAUGGAAGUUGUAUGUUUCAGAUUGUUUUUAAUGUGAGUGAUAUUUCAACCUGGCAAACUCAAAUUUGCAUUAGCUUUAGACCAGAAAGUGAAGUCUGGUAGGUUUCCAUGUACAUCUCUUUCUUGAAUGAGAGAGGAACAUGAUGUUCUUAUAAUUGCACCAGUCCCACGUCCCCCCCCCCCCGGUUCAAGUAGCUAAUAAGUCUUCUAAUUUUGUAGAGUCAAUAAAUUAAAUAACCGUUGGGCCAUAUUCAAAAUUAUUAUUCUAAAAAUAAGAUGUUUCCAUUCAACAAUGCAGCUAUUAAGAGCCCCUUCCAUAAGUGUAACUCCAUUUCCAGCCAUGUAGCAGAAAAUACUGAAUACAGUCCACAAGACUAAGGCCAGGAAGUAUGGAAUUAGACUGGAAUUAGAAAUAGGCUGAGGCAUGUUUUCUUCUGUUUCUUUAGUAUUCUGCAAAGACAAAUAUCUAUGCCCAAUAGUUUACAUUCAUAAAGGUACUGAUUUGCAGGCAAGCUAUGCAAGUGGGAUUCAGUGCUCUGUUGCCUGGCUAGAUUCCAGUUUCUUUUUUGAAAACUAUUUUUGAAUAUGACUAUUUUAAACUGGCAGAAGCAAACAGUGGAACCUGUUAAUGUUAUUUUCGUGUGCACAUGCUAGGACUUGAGUAAUAACUUUGCAGCCAAGAUGACAGUCAGAGCAGAUAAAAACUAUUAAUUCUGUGGCACAUCUUUUGUACAUGUGUAUGAUUUACAGGAAUAUAUUUAUCUGACAAAACGUGUCACAGAAAGUGCUUGUUCCA